AUGGCAGUGUUGGCUUCAAUCUCUUCCAGCCCGUGGGCCCAAGCUCUCGCCACUCUUGGCCUCAUGGUCUUGACGAAGCUUGUCUACGACAUCUUUUUCUCUCCGCUAAGAGCAAUUCCCGGUCCCAUUUUGGCCAAGGUGACCAAUGUUUGGCGUGCUGUUCACACAUAUCAUGGGCGCGUGGAACUGAAACACCUGGAACUGCACCGCAAAUAUGGAACGGCGGUGCAGAUCGGCCCUAAUUGCGUGAGCAUAUCUGAUCCGAACCUCAUUCGAACAAUUUACUCCACACGUAAUCCAUGGAAAAAGAGUGACAUGUACCGACCAAACGAUGUUUUAAUUGAGGGACACCGUCUAUCCAACCUCUUCAACACUCAAGACGAAGAAUGGCAUAAUCAAAACAUCCGCCCCAUCCGUGGCCUGUGGAGUAUGACUAAAGCUCUUGAAUAUGAGCCUCUUAUUGACGAAACCUUGAUCAAAUUUGUGGACAAGCUUGCGCUGAGAUUUGUGGAUGGUAAGAAUUCAGGCAAGAUCUGCCCAGCAGAUGAGUGGAUUGGAUUCUUUGCGUGGGAUGUUACGGCCAACUUCAGCUUCGGGCGCCACUAUGGCUUCAUUGAUCAAGAAAAAGAUGUCGAUAACCUGAUCACGGACUCGACCGCCGGUUUGAUCUAUUUUGCCCCGGUUUCUCAAAUUCCAUGGAUCGAUAACCUACUUGAUAAAAAUCCCAUCAUGCGCAUUGGCCCUAAGCCUACUCUCACUGGUGUUCUGUAUGCCUUCAAGGUUGUGGCCGAAUACCAAACUCAACUUGCAGACAAGAAGGUCAUCGCAGGCUCAGUCGACCACACCUUGGACAAGUAUGUUCAGCUGAAGGAAAGCUACCCGGACAUGGUCAAUGACCAACAAAUCGUCAACUGGUUGAUGCUGAGUAUUUUGGCCGGUGGCGACACAAGUUCUGCUACCAUGCGUGCUGUUCUAUACUAUCUAGCAAAGUCACCAUCUGCGUCUACGAAGCUCUAUUCCGAGCUCCAAGCUGCUUCCCUCCCUACUCCAGCAUCCUGGAAAUCUAUUCGGGACCUGCCCUAUCUGGAUGCAGUCAUCAGAGAGGCAAUGCGUGUUAACCCAGGCAUCGCUAUGAUUUUUGAGCGUGUUGUCCCCGAGGGCGGUUUCACGCUUCCGGACGGACGGUAUCUCCCUGCUGGUACCAAGGUCGGGUGCAAUCCAUUUGUGACAAACCAUGACGUCGAGGUCUUUGGCAGCGACGCGGAUAGUUUCAACCCAGAUCGCUGGCUUCCAGGCAAGAAUGAAAACAGUGAGAGCUUUGAGACUCGCUCUCGGCGAAUGAAGGAUACCGUCGAUUUUGUCUUCGGCGGCGGUGGACGUGUUUGUAUGGGACGUUAUCUCGCGAUGCUAGAGAUCAAGAAGCUCAUUGCUACCUUGUAUAACUUGUUUGAAUUUCAAUUGGUGGAUCCCAAUCAUGAGUGGAAAUACCGCAAUGCCUGGUUUGUUUACCAGUAUGACAUGCCAAUGGUGAUUCGUCGUCGGAAAAUU